AAUUUGGGCUUCACUCUCCACCUAUACAUAUACUCUCUCUGUCUCUAUAUCUGUAUCUUCCUGUUCACAUUCCAAUUGCAAUAUCUGCAAUUCAUGCAGAUGGAGCAACAAAUCACAUAAAUUCACAACUCCUAACAACAAUUUCUACUCUCACAAACCCUAGGGCUUCCAAUUGCUCGUUAAUUUCACACAUUCUCACCGAUUCAUCACCGAAUUCCGAUUUUCCCCCAAUUUUUCACUCCGAUUUCAAUUCCGAUCAAUCGCUAUUGAAAUUGAGAUGAAGAGAGAGCUAGCUUUCGCAUUGGAAGCUCGAUCUCAGUUCAAUUGCUUCUCCGGUCGAACUCGCUCGUCGAAAAGCUCACCGGAAAGUGUACCGAUUCACCGGAAGAACAAACAGAACAAACAGCGGUUACGUAACGAUCGUGUUGCGAAAUCGGUAGAAGAAGUGCGUGUGAAUCGCCGGAAUAAACGGAUUAAAACUCCGAUUCCGGUGAUUGAUGACGUCAGCGAAUCGGCACCGGCGGCGGAGGCGGAGGCGGUGGUGGUGGACGGCGGAGAAGAAUCGGCGGCGGUGUCGGAUGUGAUCAACGGCGGAGAUGAAGCUCCGGCGGUGGAAGUAGCUAAGAAGGGAUCGGUGGAGAAGGUUUACGUGAAGCGCAAGAAAAGUAAAGUUCAAGUGGAUAGCGGAAGUCCUAAGCGGUUUACGCGUUCAGCAUUGGCGGAGAAGGAGACGGAGAAGGAGGAGAAUGUUGAAGGAUUGGGGACUCCAAGUAGGAAGAAUUUGGAGAUGAAGAUGUCUAAGAAGAUUGGGUUGGGUAGAAUGCCAACUAACAUGAGGGAGCUGCUCGAGACCGGGUUGCUUGAAGGUUUUCGCGUUUCGUACAAUUACGUUGCCAAGGCAAGUAAGCUGCAAGGAGUGAUCAAAGGUGUUGGCAUACUGUGUUCUUGCAGUUUGUGUGAGGGUACCAAAGUCAUUUCACCGUCUCAGUUUGAGAUGCACGCAUGCAAAUUAUACAGACAUGCCAUCAAACAUAUCCGUCUUGAAAACGGUAAAAGUCUCCUUGAUGUGAUUGAAAUAUGUAAAGCAUCGGCUUUGGAACCUGCAGAAGUAGCUCUUCAAACUGUAAUUAGAUCAUUGCCAGUGAAGGGACCUUCCAUGUGUAUAAAAUGCAAUGGCUUAAUCGAAGGGUCGUCUACUGAAAAUAUGUUGGUUUGUGAUUCGUGCGUGGAUAGAAAACAAGUGGAAGCUGAACCUUGUGUUGCAACUCGUGGUCAACUUAGGGCAUCAAGUCCGGACCCGAAGGUAUCUGAAAGUAACAGCUCAGCAGUUUCAAUUCUUACCAAGAAUAAACGAGGCAGAAAAAGGAAGUCAGAAUCUGUUUCGUCCAAGGCAUCAAGUCCGGACCCGAAGGUAUCCUCAGCAGUUUCCAUUCUUACCAAGAAUAAACGAGGCAGAAAAAGGAAGUCAGAAUCUAUUUCAUCCAAGUCCUCAAAGUCAGCUCUGAAAACCGUUAGAAGGGCUCGAAAGUUUAAAUUUUCAGGAAACAAAAUAAAGAAUUCAAAGAUACUCAAAAGGUCACCAAGAUCCGCUUCGGCACCAAGACCCAUCGUUAGUGUUACUAAAUGUACCUCAUCACUACAAAAGAGUGGACCAAAGCUAACGAAAAAGAAUCUUUCAUUGCAUUCGCCUGUUUUUAAGGAAGGAGGAUUACCAGAUGGAACUGAACUAACUUACGUUGCUCGUGGAAAGAAAUGUCUAGAUGGUUAUAAGUUGGGUAAUGCUAUCUUUUGUUCCUGUUGCAAAACUGAGAUCAGUGCCUCACAGUUUGAAGCUCAUGCUGGUUGGGCCUCACGCAGAAAACCAUACGAUAAUAUUUACAUGUCAAACGGAGUGUCACUUCAUGACUACGCAGUUUCGUUAAAGAACGCCGAAGACGGAAGAGGUUCGUUGAGCUCUAAUGAUGAUGUGUGUAAGGUUUGUGGAGAGGGUGGAGAUCUCUUGCUUUGUGACGGAUGCCCUAGGUCCUUUCAUAAAGAAUGUGCAGAGGAAACGAGCAUCCCACGUGGCAAAUGGUAUUGCAAGAUUUGCCAACACUCGAUGAAAACUCAUGGAGAAAAUGAGAAUGCUUUGGCUGCUGGAAGGAUUGCAGGGGUUAAUCCUAUAGAACUUAAUAUGACCCGUUGCAUUCGUAUUAUCAAACACUCAGAAAACAGUGAUCUUUGCGCAUGUGUUUUAUGCAGAUGCCAUGAUUUUACGAAAUGUGUCUUUAAUGACCGGACAGUCAUAGUUUGUGAUCAAUGUGAAAGGGAAUAUCACAUCGGCUGUCUGAGAGAACGUAAUAUGGCUGAUCUAAAGGCGUUGCCUAAAGGGGAGUGGUUCUGCUGCAACGAUUGCAAGAGAAUUAAUUUGGUUUUGAAAAAUUUGCUUGCCCAUGAACCCGAAACGCUCCGUGAUGAUAUGUUGACUAUUGUUAAGGAGAGACAAAAGAACGACAGUAACAAUUCGGAAUCAGAAACCACUUCGAAUCCGGAAAUUAAGUUUGUCGUUCUUAGAGGCAAAAACGCCCCCAGUGAAGCUAGGAAACUGCUGGCACAAGCCGUUAACAUUUUUCAUGAAGGGUUUGACCCCAUUGUUGAUGCAACUAGUGGACGCGAUUUUAUUCCUUCAAUGGUGUAUGGAAGGAAAAUCUGGAGCCAAGACUUUGCAGGAAUGCUUUGUGCAAUUUUAACAGUAGACUCAAAAGUUGUGACAGCUGGAACGCUACGUGUUUUUGGUGAGGAUUUAGCUGAACUCCCAAUCGUUGCUACUAGUAAAUGUAACCAAGGGAAGGGCUACUUUCAACUACUGUUUACUUGCAUUGAGAGACUACUUUCUUCUUUGAAAGUAAAGAAGAUUGUGCUUCCAGCUGCAGAAGAAGCUAAAUCCAUAUGGACCAAUAAGUUCGGUUUUGAAACAAUAUUACCUGAUCAGCUUAACGAGCUCAGGCAAUCGUGUUCGGCUAUGAUGACGUUUCAAGGAACAUCAAUGUUGCAAAAGGAAAUCCUUCAAGUUCAAGAUGGUGUUGCAGAUGCAGGUGAUAAUGGCGGUUUGAACCCUUUGGUGGAAUAGCUGGAUGAAGAAUGUUAUUUAUUUAUUUAUUUCUUUUUUUUUUUAUGGUAGACUAUGAAAAGUUCAACCAUUCCGGUUUACUUGGUAUAGUUUUCGUUUCUGACUUUAGCAAAAAACCCAGUUUUCAGUUUGGUAUGGUUCAGGCCGUUUUGGUCUGGUUCAGGCUAAUUUGGUCUGGAUUUUUUUAAUGAUAGUUUGGGGGUUAAGGGUUCAUCUUU